AUGUCAGCACCAAGCUCUGUAAUUGUUCAUCCUUUGGUGCUAUUAUCAGCUGUUGAUCAUUAUGCCAGGGUCUAUGGUGUACCAUUACCUUCCUCUUUUGAUGAAAAAUACCAAUCUAGCAAAAGUAGGAAAAGGGCUGUUGGAAUCCUUCUGGGAAAUUACGCUGCCUCCAGAGAUGGGCAGAUCACUGUAAAUGUAGCCAGUUCGUAUGCGGGUAUUUUCGGUCAUUUUUAUUGCAUAGUACCAUUUGAGGAAGACGACAAAAAUCCUGAAAUUUGGUAUUUGGACCAUAAUUUUCAUGAGGCCAUGUACACUUCCAACCCGAUUCUGGUUAUCAUUGAUGUAGCCCCGGAGAGCGAUUCCAUCCCAAUCAAAUCAUACUCUUGCUUUGCAGAUCCAUCUACGUUUUCACAUAUUGCCUGCACAAUUGGGGCAGAAGAAGCCGAAGAAAUCGGAGUUGCUCACCUACUCAGAGACGUUUCAUCUACAAAGAAACCAUCAAUAGAAAAUCCGAGCCUCGCCAUCAAUCAGAAGGUGCCCAUUUGUAGUGAGGAAGACACUCCCCCCGCAUUGGCGCUUUUGUCUUCCAUUGAGACUGAAAUCGUUCCCCUUGCCAUCAAGCAUGACAAUUUUAUUUAUUCGCUGUCGACCCUAGUGGACAAUCUGAAGGCCAUUGUUAAAUUUUUGGAUGACAUUUCGACCGAAAAUUUGCAGUCAAAAACGUUCAUCAUGAAUCCAAAGAUAAAUUAUCUGCUGCAAGAUAUUAUUCACCUUUUGCCUUCGGCAGAGGAUGACAUUUCUGGAGCAAUUGUCCAAACUUCAAACGACCGUGCCGCCAUGACAUAUAUUUCCACACUAACAAAGACAGUCAUCGCUCUUCACAGCCUGAUCGAUAAUAAGCUUUCAAACAAGACAGUUUCGGCCGCCUCAUAA